AUGACUAAUUCUGAAAUUAAUACUUUAUCAAAUAUUGGACUUAGUGUUCAUACAAAAACACUUCUAAGAUAUAAAAAAGAUAUUGCAAAAGCUUAUUUAAAAAAACUUAAUGAAUAUUUUAAUUUAAAUAUAAA